AACCCCAGAGGGACCGCCCCAAGCUGACUCUCCACUCUUUUCCAGCUUGUGCCACCACUUUGCCCCCAGGAGACUGAAGACAUGGCACCCAAGAAGGCCAAGAGGAGGGCAGCAGAGGGUGGAAGCUCCAAUGUCUUCUCUAUGUUUGACCAGACUCAAAUCCAGGAGUUCAAGGAGGCCUUCACUGUAAUCGAUCAGAACCGAGAUGGAAUCAUUGACAAAGAGGACCUUCGGGACACCUUCGCAGCCAUGGGCCGCCUUAACGUGAAGAAUGAGGAGCUGGAUGCUAUGAUGAAGGAAGCCAGUGGUCCCAUCAACUUCACCGUCUUCCUGACCAUGUUCGGGGAGAAGCUCAAAGGUGCUGACCCUGAGGACGUCAUCACUGGAGCCUUCAAGGUCCUGGACCCUGAGGGGAAGGGUACAAUCAAGAAACAGUUCCUGGAGGAAUUGCUUACUACACAGUGUGACCGCUUCACCCCAGAGGAGAUCAAGAACAUGUGGGCGGCCUUCCCCCCAGACGUGGGUGGCAACGUGGACUACAAGAACAUCUGUUACGUCAUCACCCACGGUGACGCCAAGGACCAGGAGUAGUAGAACCUGCCCUAGGCCUCCACUAGGUGCACACUCACUCUGCAGCCAGCCAUCCUGAUUCCCAAUAAAAUCCAACUGGUCUUUGUUUCU